AUGGGAGAUGCCACCACCAUGGGAGGUGGUACCAUCAUCAUGGGAGGUGGCGCCAUCAUGGAAGGUGGAGCCACCAUGGGAGGUGGAAAAGCCCUGGGAGAUACCACCACCAUGGGAGGUGUCAUCAUCAUGGGAGGUGGAAAAGCCAUGGGUGGCACCAUCACCAUGGGAGGUGGCAUCAUGGGUGGUGGCACCAGUGUGGGAGGUGGAAAAGCCAUGGGAGAUGCCACCUUGGGUGGUGGCACCAUGGGAGAUGCCAAAGCCAUGGGAGGUGUCAUCAUCAUCAUGGGAGGUGGUAAAGCCUUGGGUGGUGGCACCAUUGGAGGUGGAAAAGCCAUGGGAGAUGGCACCAUGGGAGGUGGCACCAUUAUCAUGGGUGGUGCCAAAGCCAUGGGAGAUGCCACCACCAUGGGAGGCGUCAUCAUCAUCAUGGGAGGUGGAAAAGCCUUGGGAGAUGUCACCAUGGGUGGUGGCAUCAUCAUGGGAUGUGGUGCCACCAUGGGAGGUGGCACCAUCAUCAUGGGUGGUGGAAAAGCCAUGGGAGAUGCCACCGCCACAGGAGGUGGCACCGUGGGAGGUGGUGCCAUCAUGGGAGGUGGUAAAGCCAUGGGAGGUGGCACCAGCACGGUGGGUGAGAAAGCCUUGGGAGAUGCCACCACCAUGGGAGGUGGAAAAGCCACGGGAGAUGUCACCAUGGGAGAUGCCACCGUUGAGGGUGUCACUGUUGGAGAUGCCACCAUGGGAGAUGCCACCACGGGAAAUGCCACCAGCAUGGCAGGUGCCAUCACGGCAUGUCAUGACGCCAGAGGUGCCACCACUGUGGGAAACGUCCCUGUGGAUGAUGUCACCAUGGGAGGUGCCACCAUGGGAGAUGUCACUGAGGGAGAUGUCCUUGUGGGAGAUGCCACCACUGUUGGAGAUGUCACUGUUGGAGAUGCCAUUGCUGUUGGAGAUGUCCCCAUGGGAGGUGCCACCAUGGGAGGUGCCACCAUGAGAGUUUCUGCCACCAUGGGAGGUGCCACCACAGCUGGAGACGUCACCGUUGCAGGUGCCACCGUAGGAACCAAAGCCAUGGGAGAUGCCACCAUGGGAAAUGUCCCUGUUGGAGGUGCCACCACUGUUGGAGAUGUCCCUGUUGGAGAUGUCCCUGUGGGAGAUGCCACAUUGGGAACUGAAGCCAUGGGAGAUGCCACCACCAUGGGAGAUGUCACUGUGGGAGGUGCCACCACGGCUGGCGAUGUCACUCUUGCAGGUGCCACCAUGGGAACUGAAGCCAUGGGAGAUGCUACCACCGUGGGCGAUGUCCCCAUGGGAGAUGCCACCAUGGGUGAUGUCCCCAUAGGAACCGAAGCCAUAGGAGAUGCCACCACCGUGGGAGAUGUCACUGUGGGAGAUGCCACCACUGCUGGAGAUGUCCCUGUAGGAGAUGUCACUGUGGGAGGUGCCACCACUGCUGGAGAUGUCCCUGUAGGAGAUGUCACUGUGGGAGGUGCCACCACUGCUGGAGAUGUCCCUGUAGGAGAUGUCACUGUGGGAGGUGCCACCACUGCUGGAGAUGUCACUGCUGCAGGUGCCACCAUGGGAACCGAAGCCAUGGGAGAUGCCACCACCAUGGGAGAUGUCACUGUUGUAGGUGCCACCGUGGGAACCGAAGCCAUGGGAGAUGCCACCAUGGGAGAUGUCCCUGUUGGAGGUGCCACUGUGGAAACCGAAGCCAUGGGAGAUGCCGCCACUGUUGGAGAUGUCACUGCUGCAGGUGCCACCAUGGGAACCGAAGCCAUUUGA